UUUUUUUUCUUUCCCUUCAUUUUUCCCUUUUUCAAUUUCAAUAAUAUCACCUAGUCGUCGAAACGUACUUUCAACGAGUCAUCGAACGUAAUCUAUCGAAUAUUAAAAACUUUUUUCUCUCUCCUUUUCUUAUUCUAUUCUUGUCUGCCAAAGAAGACCCUCAAGCAAAGACAACGGCUCAACAGAGGGAGGGAGAGAGAGAGAGAGAGAGAGAGAGAUAAUUCUUCUUUUUCUUCUUCUUCUACUACUACUACUACUACUAGUACUACUACUACUACUACUACUACUACUACUACUAUUAUUCUUCGUAGUACCUUGGCAGGAACAAGAUUAAUACGUUUUUACUGAUCUGGUGUUUACCUAGUCUUGUGUCUACGUUAAUCUUCACGACGCGUUCUCUCUCUCGUGUGAUCACGGCCCGUCGGACGGUGGCGUCUUCGAGCGUGGACUACGUUCUCGUGCCUCCUCAUCAUUUUCAGUCUCUCUCCCUCCCUCUCUCCCUCUCUCUCUUUCUCUAAUCUCUCUCUCUCCCUCUCUCUAACACGCACAUACACACAAACACACACACACACACACACACACAUAUAUAUAUAUAUAUAUAUACAUAAAAUCUAUUUAUCCUUCUGUCUAUCCUUUUGUGUAAAAAUCGUGAAGCAAAAAAGUGUACGGGCAAACAGUGAAAAAGAGUAAUCCUUCUGGUGAAUUGAAAGAUAGUGAAAGGAUUGUUAAAAAUGGGAGCGACUGUAGGUGCAAUCAGAUCGACGCAAUAAAAGUGACAGUGCUUGAUUAAAAGAGUUUCGUCGAUAACGUUAUUGUUUUACCUAAUAACGAUAGUGAACAUAAAGGAUCUUUGUCGAGAGAAGUGAGAAAGAAGAUGAAGAAGGGAAGAAUCGAUGGGUCGUUGAAGGCGAGGGUGAAUCAUCACGUUGGUAGGAAACGACGUGAACGUUCGAAGGAUCAGAAUCCUCGACGUUCCUGAACGGAAAUGUUAUGAAUAUGUUAGAGCGUGGUAUUGAAUAAGAGCAAGUGCCUCACGUGGUAUCCACAGCGGAAUAUCAAAGAGAGCGAAAAAGAAAAAACAGAGAGAGAGAGAGAGAGAGAGAGAGAGAGAGAGAGACGCAAGACAGAAAGACAAAAAAAGUAGUUGGUAGAGGCAAGGAAGGUUAAAGGAAAAAAAAACAAACAAAAAAAAAAAGGAGAGUUUGAGUCACUCGAAGAGGAAUCUCGCGCGACUCGGCACACUCGCCCGUCUCGAUGAGAUUCGAACAGGAGACAGCGUGCAGGGGUACCCACUGCGCCAGCACUCCGCAACCCUCCGCGCUGCAACAGCGAACACGGCCCGAGGAGUUGGUGGUGGAGGAGGAGGAGGACUCUUCCUCCCUGAAGGACGACAUUGUCGUAGGUCAACGAUUAAGACGCAGAGAAUUGGAGGCUAACGUGGUCGAGGGUGCGAAGACGGGGCCGAGGGCCGAGGCGGGGGGGCCUGGGAUGGCGUACCCCGCGUCAGCGACGGCUCUGAAUCAGCACUCGCCGUUCGCAAGCUCGUUGACGAGCUCGCUUGCGAGCUCCCUCGGUGGUGGACCACUUGGUGCUGCCAGCGGCGGAGGAAACGCUGGUCCUCUCGCAGCUGGUGCACCAACUUCUAAUAAUCCUAACGGCCAUAUCUCAACGGCCGGUGGACAACAUUUACCAGCACCGGCUGCACCAAGACCAACGGAUUUUAGCGUUUCCUCUUUAUUAACCGCUGCGAACACUCAUCCGCCUAUCUUAGGUGGUUCCUCGUCUCAAGGUAGCGCUUCACCACCACCUGGUGGACCUGGUAGUCCAGCGGCAGCACCCGAAACUCCACCACCUUUACCGACUCAAAGGGAAUUGUCUCAUCCCUCGUCGGCUGUUGCCGCUGCUAGUUACUUUAGUGCUGCCGCACUGGCAGCCGCUGGUUUCUAUAAUCCGGCGGCUCAUUUGCCGCCAACUAGCUCACCAGGACCGACGGCUCAUCAUCUUCAGGGCAAAGCUAUAUUAACCAGUCCUCAUCAUCAUCCGCAUCUUAAUCCUCACGGCAUCACGCCACCAGGUUUAGGACUGGGUCCGCAUACACCCGAAGAAGCAGCAGUCCUGGCGGCGGCAGCAGCUGCAUUACAUCAUCAUCAUCAAGGUGGUCCUGGAGGUCCAGCAAUGAGGCCUCUCAGGCCACCUUUACCUCCAGGGAUGCUGCAUACAUCGCCGCAUCCCUUGGCACCGCAUCAUCCCUUAGCCGCACCUCAUCAUCCUUUGGUACCACCUCAUCAUCCAGAGGAAGAUGGUGUUGUCGAUGACCCUAAGGUCACGUUAGAGGGGAAAGAACUUUGGGAAAAGUUUCAUAAACUUGGCACGGAAAUGGUCAUUACCAAAAGUGGCCGGCAGAUGUUCCCUCAAAUGAAGUUCCGAGUUUCCGGUCUGGAUGCCAAGGCCAAGUACAUCCUCCUAUUGGACAUCGUUGCUGCUGAUGACUACAGAUACA